GUCGACAGAAGCUGGAAAAAGAGGAGAGAAAGAUUGGUAAGAGAUACUGGAGGGAAAAAACCACCUGGCAGAACAACAUCAUAUUGGCUUGGCCCAACUUUGUCUCUGACAGAACCAAGGAGACUUUCCUAACCUCCACUAUCCCCCCCCCAAGCUUUCUUUUUCUCACCUUGUUCCACCCCUUUUGAUUUUAGCCUACUAAAGUACUCCCUCAUAGUGGAUCCAGGAAUCCCGCCCAGCAGCCAGUCUAGCCCUCUCUAAUCUCAUUUCCUAUAAAAGAUUCCAGAGGUUAGUCAUAUGCAAGAGUCAAUAGCACAAGGAGAAACUGAAAAUUGCUUUAGGUUUCAAGCAAAGUUGCAUCAAGAAGAAAAGCUCCAAACAGAUUACUGUGGCAGUCAACUGGAAGAGUGUGACUUUUGAGCAGAUUUUUAGAAGAUGCUGUAACAGUUCCAGGUUAUGAUUCUGAUAAUGUUAAUGUUGGAGUAACAAGAAAUCGGCCAUGUGCCCAUUAGCUUCAGCACUUAGGAAAUCUGUUUUCAUAUCUGAGAGUGGUUUCCCCCACAACGUAUCUUUCUGGGAGGAUUACAGAUGACACAGUUUGAUGCACUUGGGUGUAGAUUUUGUGGUUUUGGUUGUAGAAUAGUGGUUUCAAAAUCAAAUUUGUACAUAGAUUACAGGAUGACUCACUGGCUCUGAUUUAUUAAUGAGAUUUGGGGUCUCUUUCAGUACAGAUGGAAAAAACAAGACACCUGUAUGAUUCCUAUACUCUUGGUUUAGGAUUAAGAAACAGAAUAUAAGAAACAGAGAUUACUGGAGUCCUCAAAAAGGCCAUGCACUGUAUCUCAUCUCUGUGUUAGGAACGAAUCAGGAUCUUCAGUGUGCCCUAACAGGAUGCUGUUUUAGAAGAGGGUCUGAGGUAGUUGAUGAUGAUCUGAGCUCACCUGACAACAGCGAGGGUUAUACUUAAGGGCUGGGGUGUAAGGUGAAGUAGCAAGCCAGCUGAUAACUGUGCCACAUCCUCAGAUUCGAAGUGAAGGGUUAGGAAAGGGAUGUAGAGUGAGUUAGAAAAAAUAGUAAAGUACUUGUUUCCACUAAUCUGCAUUAGAUUUUUAGAGAACGGUUUAAGUGUGCUGUUUAGGGUUGAACAGGGCAGAAGUCUUCUGUGGAUCCAUUUCCUGCUUUAGUUACAGAGGUAUAGCUGUGAGUUCACUGUAAUUCUAUGCCCCAUUCUCAAAGGCCAUGGCUGGCUCCCAGGUCCACUGCCUGGAGAGCGAAGAGCCUUAUGCUAAAGUAACUGAAUCGAAUCCCGAAUUUUAUUACUCUGAGGGUCAGCGGCUGGCCCUUGAAGCCCUGCUCGCUAAGGGCAAGGAUGCGUUUAAAGAAUGCCUUGUGCAGGAAAAGCUGCGUCCCUUUCUGUCCGACGGAGAACAGCAAGAACUGGAGGAGGCCACAACUGCAGAAAACUCGCAGGAUUUCCCAUCAAGCGGAGCAGGGAGGCAGAACCAUGGGGAUAAAGGAUCGAGUCUCAGCUAUUGGCCUGGACGAUCAGAUGAGCCCACUCCAGACCUGGAGCUGGGGUGGCCAGACAAUGGGGCAUGGAAAGGGAUUACCCGCGCUGAGGUCUACACCCAUCCACCAGGAGAGAGAGCACCACACAUCAAGGAGGUGGUGCGCAGAUGUCUCCAGCAAGCCAACAAGGUAAUUGCUAUAGUCAUGGAUGUUUUCACGGAUCCUGACAUCCUUUCGGAUCUGUAUGAUGCUGCAGUCAGGCGCCGAGUCCCCGUUUACAUCAUCCUCAGCAGACAGCAUCUUGACUCCUUCCUCAUCAUGGCUGAGAAAAUGUGCCUUAAUGUCCGCUACACAGAGAUGCUGAGAGUCCGAGUCAUCCAGGGUUGCACCUUCCAAACCAGACUCCAGAAGCAGGUCACAGGAUUGCUAAAAGAGAAAUUUGUACUGGCUGAUGGAGACGUAGUGAUCACAGGUAGCUACAGCUUCACAUGGACCGAUGCACGUCUGAACCGCCACCUGGUCACUCGGCUUACAGGGGAGGUGACAGAAGCAUUUGACCGGGAAUUUCGGACCUUGUAUGCUGCCUCCUGUUCCUUGCUGGGCCUGGAGGUACCACCUAAGCCCCAGGUUGUUCCUACUCUUUCACUACCUACUACUAAUGGACCAGAACCUGCUCCAUACAUCAGUAUCUUGGAUGGGGUACAACUGUCUUCCAACCGCAUUGCAGAGAGGCGCUCUGUGGCACCACAGCCUGUCGCCAAGAGUCGUGCUGGUGAGUGGGAACUGGUAUUAGCCUCACCUGCUACUGCAGAAGACCCUGCGCUACCUACUCCAGUGCCUGAGGUUUCAAUCCGAAACCGUUUGGGAGCAUGGCAUGGCAUGGAUCUAUCUGGGAGAGCCCCACAGGGAUGCCAAGAACGGCACAGCGCUCUCAGUGAUAUUUUCCGCAAUGUACAGCGGUCCCGGCUCUCAGUAGCCAAAACCACAGGUGCCCGUGCUAGUAAGUCACUGUGGGACCUUAGUCGCUUCAGCCAACUCUCCGGAUCCAGCACAGGAUUUGGACAUAAUGGGAUAGAGUCAUCUGAAGAAGCAAAGAAAUGGGCUUACCAGAAUACACCAGCAAGGGAGUUGAUGAAACAGAGAGGGGCUGGCCACCCUCCAGAUGAACCACGGAUACCUGUGUACCUGGCACAUGGGCGCAUGACACCUUCCCCUGGCUACCCAGGUCUAGGAAGACUACAAGGACAGCUAUAUCGUACAACUGCCCAUGCAGGCGUACCCAGGGCUUGGGGGCACUCGGGAAAGCCCUCCCAUGGGCAUCAGCUACGGUUCUGAAAUCCCUCCAUCCUGAGGCAGAGAAUCUUUUGGGAGGCUAACCUGGAAUGCAAACUGUAAGAUUUGCUCCAAGAACAAUGGCUUAUUGGAGAUCGAAGAUACAGAAUAUCAGAAGAAUUGUAACUUGGUGUUGCUGGUUUAUAAUGGGAUAUGCUAGGAGGCUUUUGCUGCCCCAUGAACUGUAGUAAUAACUGCUGGAUGAUAUUCGAGAUUGUUGCUACUUGAUACUGGGGAAGGAACUUGUUCUAAAGCGAUUUAUUUUAAGCAGCAAGUAAGGGAAGCGGAACAGCUUCCCUCUAGGGCAGCUACAUUGGAGCAUGACUGGUUUAUACUAGGAUGAACUGGAAACAAGCAGUAAGCUUGAAAACUUGCACAUUCUGGGUACAGCUGCUAAGGCACUGAGAAUCGGUAUAUGGAUCAUACUGGCAGGAAAAUAGGGGAGGCAGGAUGGAGCCUUCACUCUGCCCUAAAUUAUUUGCAAAAAUGGGGGCUAUUUGUGGAGAACUGUGACUGAAUUUACAAACAACUACUGCAGGUCAAGGAUAUGCUGUCGACUUCUCUCUGCACAAUCAAAAUACAGUAUUUGAGAUAUAAGCAAGGGAUGCUGGCAUAUGACACAGCCCUGCUGUUUCAUAAGGGUAGGGACUCCAUUCCCCAGGCAUAUAUGAAUUGGGAAAUACAAACCCAGGGCAGAUGAAAGAGAAGGUAACUUGCUCUAAGACCGGAGGAAGGAACACUCCAUUAUGUACUCAAGGAAUAUAGGAUUAGACAAUGGAAACAAAAUAGUUUCAUGUUGUUGUUUUUUAAAUUCAAGUUACAAAAGGGGAGAGAAAAAUCUAGGUAACUAAACAAAAGUAGAUCUAUCACAGUAAUAACUUGGAGGGGGGGGGGGGGAAUGCCUGGCCACUAAAGCUUCCCUCUGUGUAAUAUCUGUUAAGGACAACAUGAGAAUGGUCCAGAUCUGGAACUGAAGAAAUAAUAUUCUGGGCUCCACCAGACAACAGCCGUUAUUUUUUCAAAGCAGAUCAGCAGCAGCAAAGGAUGUCCAGGCGAUUCUGAAAGCCUCGUCUUCAAGCAAUUGCUUCCACUACAGGGGAAUCUCAUUUCCUCAGCAAUCAAAAUAAUUUUUGUCCCAAGGGAAAAAAAUGCAGCAGCAUCUUCACCCUGCAGUUGCUGUACCUACUGCAAUAAUUUCAGCUAUCCAUCCCAUUGGCACAAGUCUUGAGGGCAUCUUGGUGGGUGGGGGCUAGUGCCAGGAAGGGCAUUACCAGAAAUGGAAAAUAUCCCUUCCUCUGCCCUCCUUUAUUUGUGAUAGCCAGUAGACCUUUGGGAAGAAGCAGAAAGCCGCAAACUAAAACUAAGCAUUCAACACAACACGAGGAAAUGUUAUACAGACUUCCACAAUUUGUCUCUUUUCCUUUCCCGCUCUGUUAAACCAAACACUUGGCAUGCUUCAGUACUGGGGAAUCUAUUCCCAAGCCCUUUUUAAUCCUCUCUUCCAUUAGCUAUUAACAUCAGGGAUAAAGUAUUACGUUAUUAUUAACACAGAAGAGUUUGCCAUAUGGUAGAAACUGUUUGGGGAAAAACCAAAGACAUGCCAGUUGUGCCCUCUAGAGGUUGGAACCCUGAGGCACGGUUUCCUGUAGCCACAUCAAUACAAGAAUGUCCAAACCAAGAAAAGUGGAAGAGGCACCAAAGCAAGCCCCUUUUGGGAGGGACUUGUUGGAAAUAAGCCAACCGCUAGAUAGAGCCCUCUUUAAACCAGAACCUAUUUACAGGUCUCAUAGCUGUGACAGAAAAAAACCCACAAAGCAGUCCUUGGGUGGAGUCACUUCUCGCGUGUUCAGAGAAACUGAGCCGAAGAUUUUGCUGACAAGCUGUAGAAGAAAAGACAGCUGUUUAGAGACUGGAGGACCAAGGAUUCAAAGACAUGAUGCAGACUUAUUCCAGAUCAGACCAUUGACCCAUCUAGCCCAGUGUUACAAGGUCCUGAUUACGUAUUAUACAACCCUCGUGUCCUCCCUGACGAAGGGAGCCUUGACUGUUGGAAGCUCAUACUCUGGAAAUGUAGUCCGUCUUUAAGGAGCUCCUGGACCUGAAUCCUGCUCUUCUACCUUAUCCUUUGUAACUGUGUGACUCCUCUUAGUGCCACAUCUGACCUCCUGUUUACAAGUACUGAAGUUUGACCAAUCACAAUUACGCCUGUUUUGUCUGCAACUGAAUGUUAACCAGUUGAUGGUGUCAUGGCCUUAAGUAAUUACUCUCUAAUUAUUGGUGUUUUAAAGGGUAAUUAGAGACACUGACUGGACUUGUUGCUAUGGAGCUUAAUCAAUUUAUUGCCUUUCACACAUUUUAUGACUCUUCCUCUUCACUAACUUGAAACCUGCUGCUUUGCCUGCCCAAGUUCUUAUUUUUUGCACUCAAGUCAUUUUCUGUAAAAAGAACAGUAUUUCAUUCCUGCUCCCAAAAUCUUUUUAAAACUAGAGAUGCCAGGGACUGAACCUGGGACCUUGCACAUACAAAGCAUGGACUCUGUUGACCUGUGGUCUCUCUUGAAAACCCUCAAAGGUUGGAGGGCUGUUACUUCCUCAACAGAAGAGAGGAUCAGUUUAUGCAUUACAUAGAAUGAGGAAGAGAAAUUGCAGUUGCAGAACACUGGACUGUACAACUUUAGGCUGCACGUGUUUAAUUAACCCCUCCUUCCAUUAAAUAUCUCACUGCAUGUAAUAAACUAAUUCAUCAGGGAGAGAACAUACUGAGCAAAAACUUUCUCCUGAGGUGCUAGUUUUCUACAGGGGAAAGUACUUCCACCACUGCAGCCUGCACUGGUAUAUCCAAAAUUCUAUUGCCCUUGGCCUUACACCUUAUUCUGUAUAAUGUGGCAAACACCUCUAAUAAAUUAUCAAAACAGAUCCAACAGGGCCAGCCCAAGAAAUGCUGGCAUCAGAGCUGGAGAACGUCAAGGGAUCUCAUCCCUAAACAUACACACACCACCACAGCAGGAAUAUACAUUCAAAUAAAUGCAGUUUGCUGCUCUUUAACAGCAAUAUAAGCUGUUGCCUGAUCAGUUGGCCUUCCCAGUCUGCCUCAUGGUAGAGCCAUCCCUAAUAUUCACGGUCAACGGAGAGAUCGGCUAGGCAAAUUGCUGGAAGAUCUGCAAUGGGAUCUUCACAACAUAUUAAACGUGCAAAUAGCAGAUGCGCAGGGAACCAAUUCAGAUCUGAGAAAAAAUACAAGGGGAAAGGAGGUUGAUCUGAUCAUGGAUCUCCUAGCACCAGAAAGCUUCAGUGCAACGGUCUCUCUCACAAGUAUUGUUCUGCACCAAAAAAAGUGGCAUUGCCUCUUAAGGGGUAACUUUGCUUCAUUUGCGUAAUAUUUAUACAUGACAAUUUAUUAUGUUUCUGCUAAUCAAAGUGUAAGGCACAUAUGCAAUGCUAAGCAGGAGACGUCCUUUUACGGCCUUCUAAGCUCUGCACCUGUACCUUGCACAUGGGGGUAACACCAACUAUUAUACGCCAGGCCUCCACGUGAAGAAAAAUUAGGUGACAGCAUAGAUUGCACUACAGCAGAUGACAGGUGGGGGAAUACGAUGUCUGAAAAUCCCCCAACAUUAAAAACAACAUUGUCUUCAUGUGCUAUUUACGUACUUUCUGGUAGUAUCUGUCUGACUUCUGUUAGAAAAAAGAUGCUGGAUUUGAGUCCAGUAGCACCUUAGAGACCAACAAGAUUUUCAGGGUAUAAGCUUCCGAGAGUCAAAGGUCCCUUCUUCAGAUACAGGGCCCUGAAGAUCUUGUUGGUCUUGUUGGACUCCAAACCAGCUGUUCGACUGUAGAGUGACAUGGCUCCCUACCUAAAACAGGAUGCUGGAGCCGAUGGGCCUUUGGUCUGAUCUAGUAGGGCUCUUCUUAUGCCACCACUCACUUGAAAUCCUAUUAAAGCCUUUUCUGGUAUCACAGGGCUUGGCCAGGCAUCACAUGUGCACUUUUCAAUGUCUGUUUUUGUAAUAACGGCACACAACUCUGCCUGCACACAGUCAAGUUUCUGGGUAACUCAAAGUGAGAAAUGUGCAUGAAAAACAGGUGGAGGAACCAGUGGGGAGAAACUAGAUGGAGGGCACAAGGAGUGAAUAGAUCCAGAGGAGUUAGCCGUGUUAGUCUGUAGUAGCAAAAAUCAAAAAGAGUCCAGUAGCACUGGACUGAGAGAUCUCUGUCUUUUGGUGCUACACCUCUGAAGAUGCCAGCCACAGCUGCUGGCGAAACGUCAGGAACUACAAUGCCAAGACCACGGCAAUACAGCCCGGAAAACCCCCAACAACCAUCGUUCUCCGGCCGUGAAAGCCUUCGACAAUACAUAGUCCAGUAGCACCUUUAAGACUAACCAAUUUUAUUGUAGCAUAAGCUUUCGAGAAUCACAGUUCUCUUCGUCAGAUGCUGCAAGAACUGAAAGAGGGUGCGGAAGCAGGACAAGACAUACAUAUUUGGAAUGGUGCUCUCAGUCCCUGGGGACUGGGUGGGCUUUUAAACAUUUAUA